CGCCUUCGUUGGCUCGACGCGUUCACAACGUUGUGCAUUCGCCGUGUGUGACGGGAGCUUUUGUGUAUUGUUAUUGUAUUUUGUAUUUUGUAUUCGCUCACUUCCGUUCGUAUCGUGUAUUGCACACAUAAACACACAUACAAAUGCACAUAUACAUGUACUAUACAAAAAAAUCAUUUCUAAUUUUAUAAAAAUAUACGCGCAUACCUAUGAAUAAAUUGCGCUGGCGUGUGCCCUCCUGCCUGCCCCCCUCUCCCUCAGUUGGCAAUAAAUGAAAAACAGCCAGAAAAAUAUAUACAUCUCUAUAUUUGAAAAUCUGUUUUAUGCGUGAUAAAAGUGACAAAAUCUAAUUUCGAAAACGUUUUUGAAACAUUAACAACUUUUUUUAUGCAUUGCAUUGCUUUCUUAUAUGUUAUUUUCAACCGCACAAAACAAAAAAAAAAAACAACAAAAAUCAACUGUUUAUUUUCUUUUGGGCACAUAAAUUCUUUAGUUGAAAGUGAAAGCUGCUGCGUCUGUGAAAUGUUGUCGCCGGCGAGCUAAAGCAAAAACGAAUCAACCAACAAAAAAAAAAAAAUAAAUAUAAAACAAUAGCGCGAAAACGGAAAACCAAAACCAAAAACUAAAAAAAAAAAAACGAGACAAGUUAUGCUAAUUUAUAGUAUUAGCUGUGCUGUGUUGAGAAAUGUAAGCCAAAUUUGCACAUGACGAAGCGACAAACACAAAAUUCAACAGAUAUUCAAACAUUGUUCGAUGAGCAGCAGCAGCAGCAAAAAUAAAUUGGCCAAAAUGCGUCUGCAACAGCGUUAUAACCAACAGCAACAACAACGGCAGCAGCAACAACAGCUCGAUAGCAACUCAAACGAUUGGCAAUAGCAGCAGCAACAGCAACAACAACAAUAAUAACAAUAUGAAUAACAACAACAACAAAAUGCACAAUCAACGCGCCAAGAUACUAAACAUCAUCAACAGCAAUCGCAACAAUAACAAUAACAACAACAACAGCAGCAGCAACAACGGUUUCUUCAAACUGCGCAGCUCAACAAAAGCGACAGCAAAAGCAGCAACAACUUCUUCAAGUAAAAACAAUUGCAGCAACCAACAAGCCAUGCAACUGGAUGUUGAUGCCGAUGAUGCGAUUGUGGAAACACUGGAGGAGACCACAACAGCUGUGGAGCUUCGAUCGAAGGCAGCUUCAGCCUGCUCAGCGUCAGCAACUGUUGCCAUCGGCAAUGGCUCAAACGCUAACUCGGCCAGCAACUCGAGCUCACAGUAUCGCGGCUACACCACGCUGAGAAGCAACUCCACUUCGGCCAUACUGGCGGAGGUUGGACUGCCGGGUCUGUUGAGCAACAGUGCGAGCAUGUUGUACGCCCGCCCCCGCACUCUGAAUGUCCACAAUAUCUGCCAGACGCCAGCGCAAAUAACGCAAAUGUUUUUUGGAGAAGUCCUCAAUGCGUGGAGAGCCAAAGCCCGUUGCAAUGUGGUGCCUGAAGAGCGGACUCAGGAGCUCUUUCACGAGCUAAGCUUUCAUCCCAGCCAAAAGCAGAUUUGCGAAAUGCUGCAGACGGCUAAGAAAGUGGCCCGCAAAGGUCGAGGGCAGGCGAAUGGUUUGACGUUUGGACAAUUUUGUGUGCUCGCUGCUGAUUUGAAGCGUUUUCGCGCUUCGACCUUUUCGAAUGCAUCAAACUACUGUGAUGUCAAGUACCAACAACUCUCAAGCUCUCUGCUGCAGCAACAGGACGAAGCCAGCCAGGCGGCGACUGCAACGCCGACAGCCGCAGCAACAACGUCCGCAACACCUGCCACAGGUGCACACUAUAACAAAAAGUCGGACAGUUAUGGCACAGAGCUACGCAGUACAAAGUCCUUCAGCAGUGUCGACGACACCAAGAAGAAAAAGAAUGCCACUAAUGAACCCGUCGAGGUAUUCCUCGGCGGCUCCUGCAAUCCAACCACCUGGCGUGCGGAUGUUGCCAUACCCACACUCAAGGAGCUGGGCAUUUCGUUCUACAAUCCUCAAGUAUCCGAUUGGACGCCCGAUCUCAUUGAACUCGAGCAUCGCGCCAAGGAAAAGGCACGUGUAUUAUUUUUUGUUAUGGAUUCGGAAACACGCGCAUCUGCUGGUGCCAUCGAGGCGGCACACAUAGCGGGUCAAAACUGCAAGCAGCUAGUGUUGGUUUUGCAUCCGUAUAAACCAAAUCAAAGGAUCCUCAACGAGCCUAUUUCACAGCAAGAAUACCUCGAUUUACAUCGCAAUCAAUUGAUACUUAAGGAGCUGGUCUCCCGUCGCGGUUUGCCAGUGUUGGAUAACAUCCCGUCCGGACUGCAGCGCACCAAGGAAAUUCUAUCCGGCAUUAGGGAUCCACCGUCCAAAAUAUCUUCUAUAUUAGAUACCGUACGCGGCGCAUUUGACCGCGUCAAUCCCCAAAGCGAACUACUCACUGUGGAACAGUGCAAACGUGCUCUCUUAUUUUUAGGCUAUGCUCAGAGUUUAGUUAAUUUAGAUAAUCUGAAUAAGAUAAUAAUCAAUCAACGCGAAUCAUUGAAACUGCUACAAACGCAAAGUACAAAGGCUGGCGAGGAGACUAAGCAGGAAAAGGACAACGAGAAGGAGGAGGAGAAGAACUGCAGUUCCACGUCGGCCAUGCCAAACCAUGAGCUCAUCGAUUUCGAUCUAUUCUGCGUCAUCUCGGCGUAUCUCUCAGUGCUCCAACAGGAGAUACAUGAGAGCGGUUGCAUCUCGCCCAUCAAGGGCACAAAUGUGCCGCCUCCGCAGGUUUACUUUACCAAUGCUCCAGAUGUCGACAUCUAUUACUCGGCCAGCAAAAACAUUUCACGCACCUCGAGCAACGCCAGCGUUCCGUCGAACAGCAGCAGCGGCAUUGGCCACGAUCUGGAGCGACAGAAUCUGGUGGAGCAGCUGAGUCGCAGUCGCGAUAGUGGCACCUCAUCGCCGCAGCCAAGCGGCAGCAUGACGACGCUGGGUAAAAAGGGUCAGACCCAAAUAAUGCUGAAUGUCGAGUCGAUUGAGACAACCGAAAUAAUCACCACCAAAACGAUUGAAACCAAACCUUUUACGGCUGCCAGCAGCAAUGUGACUGCCACGCCCACCGAGGAGGAGGAGAGUGACUCGAAUGACUCUGUCUUCUCCAGCAGCAGUUCCAUCGCCAGCGCUGGCGACUUACUCUGCUGCUCUGGCCUCGAUCUGCGCGAUGUUUAUCUGGGUGGCAGCUGCGUAUUGCGCACUAAAUGGCGACAGCAGCUCGCCAUGCCCUAUUUGUUGGCCAAGGGUGUGAGUUUUCAUGCGCCUGCGCUGCACGAGAGCAUCACACAGACGUCGGCCACCUUACAAGAGCCGGCGACUGCGCAGGAGCAACGUCCGCAGGAGCAGCAGCAGCAACGUUCGUUUAUGCGCACGCGUCGAAAGUGCCGUGGCAAUCAGCUGCAGCUCGAGGAGCAGGAGGAGCUAACUGUGGCCGAGGAAUCGCUUAGCUGGUCACUGCCUCCCAUGGCUGUGCGCCAGAAUCUCUACAAUCCCACGCUGCUGGACUCCAGUCGAGUGCUGCUGUUUGUCAUCACCAACGAGACGCGUUCCCUGGCUCCCAUGACACUGGCGGCCCAUUGCAUUGGACUCAUGUACAAUGUGGUGUUGGCCGUUCAAAUGCUGCCCGAGGAUUGUGUGCUUGGUGGCGAGAAGCUGACGCUGGCCGCUAUCAAGGACUACAAUCGUGGACGCUCGUAUCUCAUCGAUCUGGCCAAGCGCCAAGGUGUUCCGGUCUUCAAUGACAUCCAGGCAGCUCUGGAAUGCACUGUGGCCAAGGUGCAGAUGUAUAAUAAUCGCGAGCGUUGCUAAAUUCGUACCUGUUUCAGUUUCCAGCACGUGACAAUUUAAGCUACAUUUAUAUAUUUAGUGCAAUUUAUGUUGUUUUUUAACUCUUAAACUAUAGCUAUAUGGAAAUUACUUAACAACGUGUGUGUCUUAAUUGUAUUUAAGUCUAACCAAAUUCAUUUUGCUAUAACUUUAACUAUAAUGCCUAUGCGUCCCCCACUAUGCUAACUAAUAUUGCGUAUACGUAAUCUACCAUAAUAAUUUAAGCUAAACUAAAAGAAAACAAAAGAAGUGUAAAACAAAUAUGUCGUCGCCCAGAAAGCGCAUUUCAUAAACAACAAAGCAUUAUGCUUUAUGCUAAUUUAUUAUUUAUUUAACGUACCACAUAUUGUACAUGUUCAUUUCUUGCGGAAUGAACAAAUUCUGUAAAUAGUUUCGUACGACGAAAGUGUAACUUAGCGCAUAAUACAUACAACAGAAAUAUUUUAUAUUUAGUGAGCAUUACACCAUAAACAUACAUACUUAAAUUACAUAGAAUUUUAGUGGCCCACUGUACCCAGUUAGCAGGCAAAAAUAUCUCAAUAAACAAGUUUUUCUAACAUAAA